AGUUAUCCUUCACACCCCGAACAGGCCGACGGUCCUGCUCGGGAUAGAAGCUCCGACGAAAUUUUUCAAACUCUUGUUAUCGACUUUGUUGUUGAAUUAUCCGAGUUAACAAGUGAUCUCGACUGAAGACCAACCGGUUCUCCAGUCAGCUUGAUCGAGUACAGUGUGAAUUAGUGUGCCUUAUUUGCGUUCUGCUUUCUUCUCUGAAAAGCAAAGAACGAACUCAGUUCUUCGACCGAUUGUGAUUGUCUCUGCCGAAGACAGUUUUGACGUUUUGUGAUACCUUAGCAGUUUAAAUGGUUGAUUACUACAGCUGCAAAAUGUCGGGAAGCGACGAGGAAUUCGAACCUCAAAUGCAGUCAGGCAUGACCAAGGCUGAAUUGCGAAGGAGCAAUAAGCCGAUCAUGGAAAAGAGAAGGAGAGCACGCAUCAAUCAGUGCCUCGACGAAUUAAAGAGUCUAAUCCUGGAGGCCAUGAAAAAAGACCCAACCAGACACUCAAAGUUGGAAAAGGCGGAUAUCCUAGAAAUGACUGUGAAGCAUCUGCAGCAGAUCCAGCGCCAGCAGCUCAACAAUGCCGUAGCCACCGACCCGGCAGUGAUAACCAAAUUUCGCUCCGGAUUUUCCGAGUGCGCCAGCGAAGUCUCCCGCUACGUCAACCACCUUGAGAACGUAGACCCUACUGUCAAGCAGCGUCUCGUAUCUCACCUCAACAACUGCGUGACCAACCUCCAGCAGGUCUCGCCCUUCUACAACCACUACGUUCCCUACAUGCCGGAGCGUCUGUACCCCGAGAUCAAGGUCGGCUUCCAGAGCGACGUUCAGAGCGGCGACGAGAACAACAACGGCAGCGCCAGGAUUCAGAUCCCCAGCAACGUCCAGCUCAUUCCCAGCCGACUGCCAAACGGCGAACUCGCUCUUCUAGUGCCACCUUCCGCCGGAAUCACCGCCAACUUCCCCUUCUUCCCACCCACCUCGGAGUCCGGCACGAGACUUGGCCAGCCGUCGGCCUUCACGGCUGUCCAGAGAACGUACAGCCCACUUCUCAGUCCGUCCACCUCGACAUCGAGCUUCGAGGAGAACCACCACUCCGAGCAGUACCCCACCUCGCUGUCGCCACCUCAGCACUUCAAGAUGCCCGAGCAAAGCCCAGCCUCCUCCUCCAACAAGAGCUUCUCGUCUCCGGAAACGCAGAAGCCCCAGAUCAGCUCUAGCAGUGACAGGAAUUCUCCGAUGCUCUUCCCCGAGCAGAAAGUGGAAAUCGUCAACUCGACCAGCGUCAUCAAGAGGGACGCCGAUAGUUUAGACGCCUUCAACGGAAACGCCAACAUGCAUAGUCUCCGACAGCCCUUGUCAGUCAUCACCGACAAGUACAACAGACCGCUGACGAUACCCAAGAGGGAGGGUGGACUCAAGCGAUAUAACUCGGAUGGACUCCUCGCCAUCUCCGACAAGAGACCGAGGUACCACGAAGCAUCGACCUCCGUUGCUUCCACCUCCAACUGCCACAGCCCAUCGUUGAAAAUCAAGGAAGAGUGCGCCGACGACGCGGAAAAAACGAAUUCGGUCAUCAGUAGCGAAACCUCGGCAACGCCAAACGGCGACAUGUGGAGACCCUGGUGAUUUGUCCGUCGAACCAAAGCAAAGUUAUUCAUUUUUUUUCUCUCGUUUGUUAUUGUACUGAUUUUCAACGUUGGAACUAUAGGUAAUCAGCUAGGAUUGUGCGAACGCAAUCCACUAGCAUUGCCAAAUCGUAGUCGAAUAGUUUUCCGAUUUUCCUCGACGAAAAUUUGUUAAAGCGUUCGAUGUUAUAUAAUUAUUGCGUGUCUCAAGAUGAAAUGCUACGAAAGCAGUCGAGAGAUUUAAGACUCGUUUUCAUGCUUGCAGCGCGAAUCUGAUAGAACCAUUGUACUGCAAUAAGCGUAUUUUUUAUUUUUUGAUGAUGAUCUUGUUUUGAAGGUUUACGAUUUCAAAAUAUUUUGUGCCUUAAAUAGUUAUAGAUUAUAAGUCAUUUAAAGUGUUUAUAUUUUUGAUGAAACGCAAUUCUAACGAGAAUUAGAGUUGUCGAUCUUUUUUGUUGAAAAAUACUAUUGCAACGUUAUAAAGUGUAACAUUUACCAAAAAUAGAUGUAAAAAGGUUUAAUUGAAAGUAUAAACACUUCAUCAGAAUACUGCAGUUGACGUAUUGAGAACUUGAAGCCUUAUGAUAUACGGUCCACCUUAUGUAACGAGAAUUAUAAUUCCUCCGAAAAGUCACCGUGUAAAAUAGCACACUCCGAACAAUGUAAGCUUUAACAGUAAACAGAGGUCCACGUUUAUUGGAUCUGUAAAUAUGUACAUAAUAUGUUUAAGUUGAUAUUGUUUUACGUUAGCUUCUCGUUAGGUAUACACGUAAGUGAUCCUUCGUGGUCAGUAUUGAAAAAGCCUACGUAGUAUUAAGAGUUUGUGAUAAAGAUUUUCCAGUCGUUACAAUAAAAACAAUUCUCACUAUAA